CGCUGGCCAGGGAAGAAAAAUCUUACUUGACCGCGGUGCCAACGUGGCGUCCACAGUACAGCUCUUCAGAGAGACCUACCCUGGUGGUCAUGACUUCAUCAUACACUCCUUUGAAAUAGACGAGAGACUGGCGCCGUUUUUCGCACCGUACCCGAAUCACGUGCUACAUUGUCCCACUGGGGUGUCGAACAAGGACGGAAACAUGACAGCUUACCUUGAAUCUGCCUGGUCACCGGACAAAGGUAGGGUUAGCAACAGAGACAUGCAGUGGGGCGGCGGGACACUCUUCGCUUGGGACUCUGAGAAAGCGGACACUGAGACGGGCGGCCGCCGGAAAUUGUCCCUUCGCCCGACUGUUCCGACAGUCGACCUGUCCCGAUGGAUUCAGGAGAACACCGCGGUGGAAGACUACGUUAUAUUCAAGCUUGACGUUGAGGGGGCAGAGUACGACAUCUUAAAGAAGAUGCUGGCAGACGGAACCUUUAAGUGGGUUGACAAGUAUUACGGCGAGUAUCACCCCACUCAACCUGUGACAGGCUGGAAUGAAGAAGAGAUGCUCAAACUUAAGUCAGAAGUAAAUACAAAAGGCAAACAUAUGCUGGUGUGGAAAGGCGAGCUCAGAACAUACCAAGACUUUAACACCAUGAACCCACCAUUGGUACCCGACAGUUUUGUUGGAUCUCCAAGCACAGUCUACUCUAGCUGCCAUGCUGCAGUCUCUGGUCAAGCCCUCCUGACAUUGGCUGUUUUGGUCGGCAUGAACGCCAAGGCGGCACACAAGUUGAUAGCGACAAUAGCAGCUCAUUCGAGCAGGAUGCCGGUCACGCUCUUCCUCUAUGGAGACUUUGUCGAAACGUUUCCUGAACUGGUGACGGAAUGGGCCAAAAUUUUUACAAUAGGCAUGCGCGAGAACCAGCCAUUUCCGCUAGGAGACUUUUCGCAACAGGCUUCCAGUUGGUUCCGGCUUGGUCUGGUCAGUGCCAUACAGCGCCUGAGUGAAGUUGGCCUACAACCAGCAUUUUACUUUCCCGAGAACAUUACAGACAUGUUGAUAGAAGUAGCCAAAGAUCGGGGUCUGAGGAUUAUCCAACCGACAGGUCGCUUCCCUCCAACUGACGAACAAUGGCGUCUAUCUUUUGAAAACUACUACAUAAACAAGAAUGUAAAUAGGAUUCCCAAAGCGCUCCGCGUCAUCGCCAAACAACUGGACAGCAAGGGAGGCAUCGUUACUCUGGACUCGGACCAUCCAGACAGUUACAUGAUUUCCGUCUUCCUCAUGGAUUAUUUGGUGGAGAAAUCCGGAUACAAUAUAGUUAGUAUUUCGGAAUGUCUGGAGUAA